AACACCUGGGACUUCCCUAGGGGAGAGGUAGAGCUAUGGGGGUACAGAGAGAAUCCUUCCUUGGGGCAGCCUCGUGCCUUCUCCCAGCCCUCCCCCUGGGCCUGGGUGGAUGUCUCCCAGCUCCAGGCUUCUGCUCCGUUGCACCCUGUGGCCGUGCAGUGCCAGGAGGCACAGAUGGUGGUCACGGUGCACAGGGACCUCUUUGGCACGGGGCGCCUGGUCAGGGCUGCAGAGCUGACCCUGGGCUCGGCUGCCUGCUUGCCUGUGGCCCAGGGGACUGUGGAGAACAUAGUGCUUAAAUGUGCUUCUCUGCGUGCCUGUGGUCGAGGAACAAGACCCUUAAUGACAGGGUCAUGGAUCUUGUCUUCCCCCCAGGUGACCCCUGAUGCCCUAGUCUACAGUAUGAGCUUAAAUUACAACCCAGGUCCUACUGGCAACCCUGUGAUCAUCCGCACCAGCCCUGCUGUGGUUCCUGUUGAGUGCCACUACCCCAGGAGGGGCAAUGUGAGCAGCAACGGUGUCAAGCCCACGUGGACUCCCUUCCGCUCCACCCUGUCCUCUGAGGAGAAGAUGACCUUCUCCCUGCGCCUCAUGAAUGACGACUGGAGCACUGAGAGGGAGACUGCGUUAUUUCAACUGGGAGAGGUCCUCCGCUUCCAGGCUGGUGUCAGUGCAGAGAAUCAUGCACCUCUGAGGCUCUUUGUGGACAACUGUGUGGCCACCCCGACCCCAGAGAGGAGCUAUUCUCCACAGUAUGCCUUUAUUGACUUCAGUGGGUGCCUGGUGGAUGGGCAACUAGAUGAUGCCACCUCGGCUUUUAUAUCUCCGAGACCCAGGCAAGAUGUGCUUCAGUUUGCAGUAGAUGCAUUCAGGUUUGCAGGAGACUCCAGCAAUCUGAUCUACAUCACCUGCCUCCUGAAGGUGUCCUUGGCUGACCAGGCUCCAGACUCUCUGAACAAAGCUUGCUCCUUCAACAAAGUCAGCAACCUCUGGGCUCCUGUGGAAGGCACCCAAGAUGUCUGUUCCUGCUGUGAGAUGCGGAGCUGUGGCUUGGCCAGGCACUCCAGGAAGCUCCACAUUCCUUCCCGAGGGCAAAGAGGACGAGGACGUGUCCGCAGAGAACUGCCCUCUCAGCUUGGUCCCUUGGUGAAAGAAGCGGAUGUUGUUGUUGGACCUCUCUUCAUCCAUAGCUGGCAGGAUCACUCAGUUAGGAGGAUGCCCCCACAAGAUACAGAUCACCUGUGGAUGGUAUUUGUGCUGCCUGCAAUUGUGAGCUUGCUCAUCCUGAUCCUUGCUGUUCUAGGAGCUCUGACUGUCUGCUAG